AUCUGUACUAACCGAUUCUUCCUCAAGGCGAGUAUUUUAGUUUUCUGAUCAUCCUCUAUCUCCUCUCCAUUUAUUGGCUAAGCAAGAAAAAAAAAAGAGAAGAUAAAUUUCUGAUUGUAUAUUUUUUUAAACGUUUGGUCUUUGGAAGGAGAGGCGGCUGAAGCUGCUACAAUCAACUCAUCAACUUCUGCUUCUAGCCAAUCUGCUGGAGCUUCCAUGGCCCUAGAGAACAUGCCACCAUUUCCGGUUCCAAUCAAACUUACGAGUGAUAUAUAUAACUAUCAGCAGUGGAAAUCUUUCUCUCUUUCAUAUUUUGACCACCACCGUCUUUCCGGAAUCAUUCAUGGAACAGAGCCUCGUCCUGGGCUAUUUGAGUCUACCUUUGGUAGUUGGUCCGGCAGUGAUUGGUUCGACAGAGAUCAACAGGCUAUGAAUUGGAUGAAAGACACUCUAUCUGGUAGUCUCCAACAAAUAGUCAUGGCUGGAGCUGACUCUUCACGAAAGGUCUGGCUAAAUCUUGAGCAACACUUCGCCUGUCUCUGUCAUGCUCGCAUCUAUCAGCUUAAAUCUUAUCUACACAGAGUGAAGAAAGAUCCCACCAUUCCGAUGGCUAACUAUCUGGAAAAAAUCAAACAGGUGGCGACCGAUCUCGCAGCCGCCGGUGCUCCUGUGGAAUAUCAAGAACUCCUCCAUGUACACAUCCUGGUGGGAUUACCAGAGGAGUACAAUCCCGUUCGUAAAAGGAUAGAACACUGUCCAGUAAGUAGUUGGGAUGAGUUGUGCGACUUAUUGUUGAAAGAGGAAAUGCGUCUGGAUCCACAGAGCACAUUAAGACUUAGAUAUGCUUCUCCUGCCUCUCCUCCUCAAGAAAAAGAAGAGUACGCAAUCGGGAUCGAUCUGGGAACAACCUAUUCCCGCGUAGCGGUGUGGCACAAGGAUCAUGUAGAGGUUAUUCUGAACGAUCAUGGGAACAGGAAGACUGCAUCUUAUGUUGCCUUCACUGAAACUGAUGAGACUAAUUUGGUAGGUGAUGCAGCAUUUAACCAAGUCGUCAGAAACACAGCCAACUCCAUCUUUGAUACAAAGAGGUUAAUCGGUAGGAGAUUCAGUGAAGCCUCUGUUCAAAGUGAUGUGAAGCUCUGGCCAUUCAAGGUCAUUGAAGGUCCAGGUGACAAGCCCGUGAUUGUGGUCACCCACAAUGGCCAAGAGAAACAAUGUUCUGCUGAAGAUAUCUCAUCCAUGGUUCUGGUAAAGAUGAGGAAGAUUGCCGAGACCCACUUGGGCUCAACUGUGAAAAAUGCAGUUAUCACGGUCCCUGCUUACUUCAAUGACUCGCAGCGCCGAGCUACAAAAGAUGCAGGCAUCUCUGCUGGCCUAAAUGUGUUGCGUAUUAUGAAUGAACCAAGUGCUGCUGCCAUUGAUUAUGGCCUUAACAAGAAGGCCGGUUGGAGUAGCCCAAGAAACGUGAUGAUAUUUGAUUUGGGUGGUGGCACUUUAGAUGUGUCAUUGCUUACCAUGAGCAGUUCUGGUGACUUUAAAGUCAAGGCAACGGCUGGAGACACUCACCUUGGCGGCCAAGACUUCGAUAAUAGAUUGGUGAACUACUGUGUUGAGGAAUUCAAGAGGGAGCAUAAAUUGGACGUUAGUGGAAACAAGAGAGCUCUUAGGAGGUUAAAAAAUGAAUGUGAGAAGGCAAAGAAAAGACUCUCAUUUGAGUCUGACAUUGAUGUUGAAAUUGACUGUUUGUGUGAAAAUACUGAUUUCGCCAUAACUUUUACUCGUGCCAUAUUUGAACAACUAAACGGGGAAUUAUUUACCAAGUGUAUGGAGCCUGUGAAGAAGUGCUUAAAGGAUGCUAACAUGGAUGUAAGCCGUGUCGACGAUGUUGUUCUUGCUGGUGGCUCUACUAGAAUUCCCAUGGUGCAACAGCUAUUGCGGGAAUUUUUCAAGGGGAAGGAGCUGUGCAAGGGCGUUAAUCCGGAUGAGGCAGUGGCAUAUGGCGCCGCGGUUCAAGCAGCAGCCUUGACUGGGAAUGGAAAGGGGGAGUUUUUUCAGGACUACACUCUCAAGGACGUCACUCCUCUGACACUUGGUGUGGAGGUUGCAGAUAAUAAGAUCAUAAAGUUGAUUCCAAGAAACUCUCUAAUUCCCGAGAAGAAGAUACUAACGUUGCUCACUUCUACGGAUGACCAAGCUUCGCUCAAAUUUCACGUAUGGGAGAGUGAGAGUAGCAUACCAGCAAAUCUCAACCAUUUGGCUGAAUGCACCAUCCUCGACAUUCCUCCAGCUCCCAAACGUGUUCAUAAAUGCGAAGUUUUAUUUGAAAUUGAUCCUGAUGGCAUCUUGAGUGUCUCUGCUGUCGAUAAGUCCACUGGCCAAAAGAAGGAGAUCAUAAUCAACCGUGACAAACCAAACUACUCUGAGCGAAUUCAGAGAACUAAGAGAUGAGGUAAGAAAUAAUAAUCUAUAUCCCUUGCUACCGCUGAAAUAGCAUAUAAUGAUAUCAAUUUGACAUAUCUCUACUUUGUUUACUUGUAGCAGGUUAUAUUGUUUUAGGGUGAAAUCAUGUGUUUAUUUUUUCUUUUUUUGUGAUCUACUUCAUCCACGGGAUAUUUGCAGAUCAGAUAUUGCUUACCAACUAUGGCCGUCUACGCUACUCCGCAUUGCAGAACUCAAUUAUCCUCACUGUUUUCUUGUUAAUACUUAAUUAUAUAUUACUCUUUAUAUUUUAACUGUGUAACGUUUAAGUUGUGCUAUAAAUUUGAAUAUUUU